AUGCGUCAAACAGCUGUGCGACUAUCCAAGACUUAUACCCCGAUGAUCAAAUUCGUUGGGGGAAGACAUCCCCUCGUGCAACACUCUGGAUCUGCCACUUCACACCCUUGCACGAUCGAUGGUCUUCUGCCCGGUUCAAAAGACUGUGUCCCUGCAGGCGAGUUCCUCUCCAAGUUGAGACCGUUCGAAGUUGUGCCUUACAAGACCAAGAAAUCCGUCGCAAAAGGUGCCGGUGCAAGCACGGGCUCCAAUUACACGUUUACAUCGCGUCCCAUCAAUGAGAACGAGGUGGACUCCAUUUUUAAUCUGCCCAAAAGAUUUCAGCUUCCUCCUUUCGCUGAGGCUGAAAUGGAUGCUAUCAACGCCGGCGGCGCUCCGUGA